AUGACCUCGAUCCAAGUACAAGAAGCCUCCAACCCAGACCUCCCCCACCUCUUCACCAUAACCUCCCUCGCCUUCCAGCACACCGAACCCUUCUGGGACCUAACCUUCCCCUCCCACGACACGCCCCAAGGCCGCUCUCACGGCGCCCACCGCUUCCUCCUCAAAAGACUCUCCGACCCCACGAUCGUGUACACCAAAGCCAGCAUCAACACCCCAUCAUCCUCGAGCAACGACAAGAUCGUCGGCAUGGCGCGCUGGCACAUCUGCGAGGGAGAGGCUCCGCCGGAAAGGGAGUAUGAGCUGCCAGGCGGGAAUCCGGGGUACGCAGGAGAGGAAUGGGAGGCGUACAAACGCUUAAGCGAUGCGUUUAUGGCGAAGCGGAAUCGAGCGAUUCGGGAUAGUGGGGGGAGGAUUGUGGUGUUGGAUGUUUUGGCUGUGGAGCCGGGGUUUCAGGGGAUGGGGGUGGGGAGGAGGGUGGUGGAGUGGGGGGUUAAGAGGGCGGGGGAGUUGGGGACGGAGGUUGUGGUGGAGAGUAGUGUUGAGGGGAGGGGGUUUUAUGAGAGGUGUGGGUUUGAGGGGAGGGGGCGUGUUGUUGUUGAGGCGGGGGUGGAGGGAUGGGGGAGGCAGGAGAGUGUGUGGAUGGUUUGGUCGGGGAAAGGGGAAUGA